AAUAUAAUAAUAGUCAUUAAUAGUCAUUAAUAAUCAUUAAUAAUCUUAAUCAUCACAUAUUUCUUGCUUCUUUUUGGCGCCAUAGCAAAAUAAUAUCAAUUAUUUAAUGAUAGCAAAAAUCAAUAAAAAAAGGGGUGAAAGCAGAAACACUUUUAAUGUAACAGGUCCCUUUUAUUUUCAAAACGUUUAGUUCUUAAGUAAGAUUUAACUGGAAGUCGUCUUUCCAUGUCAUAUUUGACUAACUUGACAGCCGGCACUUGGAAUAUUUACAUACAGUAUUGAUAACGCGUAAACGUUUCUGGUUGCCAUAGCUACCUCUAUAUUCUAAUUAUAGAUUCUGGAUGCAUUUAGCGAUCUAUUUAGUUGCGAUGAAUGUUUGACCCCUCUACGUGCGUAACCUGUAAGUCGAUCACUUGAUAAGUUAGUUUUCAACCAGCUACAGACAUAUCGGUUUGUACGUGUGUUAAGAAGCUUUGGACAGAGUGGUGGAUCUGUCAUUACGCCCGAUUAUUGCUUAUAAAUAUUUCAAAUACAAAGUCAGUGUGGACGUCUUUUGCCAGCCCUUUCAUUAUUUACCUGUUCAAGUAAGCAAAAUGUUUUUUUAUCGACUUCUCAAGAACAAUUAAAGCUGAAAUCUCGAAAUAUAAACGGGAAAACAUUACAAUGUCGAACAUGGAAGAGUUGAUGGAUUUGACUGUACUAGUCACGUAACGUAACAUUUGUGGAGGAUGGGUUGUGGGACUUCGUCUUCAUCUCCAACAACGACUGAAUAUUCUACACUCAACGAAUCAUCGAAGCAUAAUAAGCCCCACCAAACAACUCAAUUUCACUCCGCUGUCUUGAUUCAAAACUGGUUUCGCCGUUACCAAGCGAGGCUGGAAGCAAGACGAAGAUGCACAUGGAAGAUUUUUCAGAGUAUCGAAUAUUCAGGAGAGCAGGACCAACUCAAGCUUUUAAACUUCUUCACAGAUAUGAUGUCUCAUAUACCUACCGAUAAUCCAGAUAAACAAACGAAUGUUAUUACGGAAACCUUACACAGAAACAGGACAUCUAGUACUUCGUCGAAAGAAAGUGAUGAUCUUGACAGGCUAACCGAUCCAUCUAACAUACCAGUAUCUCAAAACUACAAUGGAGUUACGGUCUCAUUACCCAUAACUAAACAAUUAGCUGAUAAAAUCAUCAAUAAUUAUAAGAUUAAUAAGCCUCUCCAUGUAAAGUACGUCCUUGUUAUUCUUCGAGAAGCCAGGGAGAGAUUCAAAGCUCUUCCUAACGUUAACAGAGUCACCACAAGUAUUGCACGACAGAUGACGAUAUGCGGCGAUCUUCACGGAAAACUAAGUGACCUUUUCAUCAUAUUUUCCAAAAACGGCGUUCCUUCAACUGAAAAUCCUUACAUUUUUAAUGGAGAUCUUGUAGACCGUGGACCACGAUCGCUAGAAAUUCUUAUUAUUCUGUUCACCUACUUCAUUAUCUAUCCCAAUGGAGUCUACAUUAACAGAGGAAACCACGAAGAUCAUAUUAUGAAUAUGAGAUAUGGUUUUAUCAAAGAAAUCUCAGAGAAAUACAAAGAACACUCAAACAAGAUCAUUAAGUUGCUUGAAGACAUCUUUGGUUGGUUACCACUAGCAACAGUUGUCGACCAGAAGAUUCUGGUUACUCAUGGCGGCGUAUCCAGUAUCACUGAUUUACGAGUUAUUGAACAUAUUGACCGACACAAGUACGUAUCGGUCCUUAAACCAUCGACUUUUAGCGGAAAAGAACGGCCAGAUAACGCAGCACUCAGGGAGUGGAGGCAGGUUCUAGACUUGCUAUGGAGCGAUCCAAAACCAAACUAUGGCUGCAAACCCAAUACAUUUCGUGGCGGAGGUUGCUACUUUGGACCUGACGUCACGGACCAAGUCUUAAAAAGACACGAUUUUGAUCUGUUGGUCAGAUCGCAUGAAUGUAAAUACGAAGGAUAUGAAUAUAUGCACGAUAACAAGGUUGUCACUAUAUUCUCAGCGUCCAACUACUAUGAACAAGGUAGCAAUAGAGGUGCUUACAUGAAAAUCAAACAAAAUGAGAAACCAUACUUUGUACAGUAUCAGGCCUCCAGUAAAGACAACAACCUGACUCUUAGAAGAAGAGUGAGUAUUGUUGAACAAUCUGCGAUUAAAGAACUAAAAGAGAAACUGUACGCCAACAAAAAUGCAUUGAUGGAAGCAUUUCAAGAGGUCGACAAAGAAAAUACAGGUUGCCUAUUACCAAGUCAGUGGGCAAGUAUCGUAGAGAAGACUCUCAACCUUGAUGUACCGUGGAACAUGGUUAAACAUCAGUUAGUCCGUGUUUUACCCGAUGGACGAGUUGACUAUGCUUCUUGUUUAGAGCAGUAUGCCAUUGAGAGUAAAACGAAACGGAAUGGUCCCAGUAUAACCGAGGCUUUGUAUCGAAAUAGAGCUAAUUUAGAGACGAUAUUUAGAAUGAUGGAUAAGGAUAAUUCAGGUCAUGUAUCAAUGCAGGAGUUCGAGGAGACUUGCCGACUCUUAAACCAGCACAGUCAUACUAAGAUAUCUGAAAGUUCCAUCAAAGAUCUUGCUUUAAGUAUUGACAUGGACAAAGAUGGUGUUAUUGACUUUAAUGAAUUCCUGGAAGCAUUCCGACUAGUUGACGUUUCGACAUCGCCCAACGGUUAUACAAAUCAUGAACAUCGCGCAAGUGACCCGUCGUAUUCUCCUAACAGAUCUCCUGUCAUAAUGAACCAGAGACUGUAACGUUCGUUUCCGUUUACCGUAAAAAUGCAAAAGUUCGCGUGACUUUUGUAUCUCGACGAAAGUUUGCGUGACCACGCUUAGAGAUUGCGUGAUAAAACUAAUAGAUAAAGCAAUCUUAUUAAUUUAUUGAUUUUGUAGAAUCUGUAYAUAUAUAUAUUUGUAAAUAGGUUUUCAGAUAGCAUACAAAUAUUUACUAUUAUCACAAGCGUUUAUAAAACAACAAUUUUCUAUAUCUAAAUAUAAUAUUCAUUCCGCUAAAAAUGUAUACAAUCGCUCAAAGAUAAAACCAAAGAUAUUAAAAUUAUCUUCAGUUUAAGUUGAUAUAUCA